AGAUUGUUGGGGUGGGGUGGCUGUAGAUACUACUUCCUCGUCAAGCAACAAACACAAGGUCAUGAUUCAAGUGUAGCUGCAUUGUCGACACGGCGUGUGGUUUAUAAGAGUCAUGUACUGAGGUGUCGCUAAUCGUAUGGACAGUGCCAAGUGUUACAGCAUCAUUACGACACAUGCUGGCCUCAGUGGGGAACACAAUCUACACAAGCCAGAGUGUCGGAUACCUGUGACUGGGACACAGAUACCUUAGCUGUGUGUGUGAUAGUACGUCAGUUCAAUAGUAUUGACGAGUUGAGGUGUUUCGGGACGAUCAGUUGCACUGAAAAGGAUAAAGCUAGCUGCUGGGAUGUGACAAAGCCAUGUUGACAAUAAACAUGCUGUGAAUUCUAAGUAAUAUAACUGGUUUCUCCUGGCUGUAUGGACAUGGAUGUUCCACUUACACUCGUGUUGUGGGUGUGUGUGUUUACGACAUACACAAAGGGUUCGAACUCCCUACAACUAACAAGUUCUCCAGCAACAGCAUCGCCAGGCCAGCCGUACACCUUGAUGUGUAGCAGUAGUGGCAGUGCUGGCAGGAGUAGAGCGUGGUACUGGAGGACUGAUGUAAUCUUUCGUACACGUUAUGUAUCAGACACACAGUGUCCAGUAGAUGUAUCCAACAAUGACGUGUACAACCAUCUGUCAGGGCGUAUCAAUGUAACCUGUAGUUACACCCAGCACAAUGUGACUCUCAGGAUCCUCACUCCCACAGAUAAUGGAUCUGUGUGGUGGUGUUGGGAUAGUCAGAGUGAUCAGGAGAGCAACAGAUUGACAAUACACGUAGUAAACCUUACGACAGAGUCAUCAACAACUACGAUUGCAGCAACUUCAGCUACUGCAGCUACUACAACAACUACAGCUACUACAGCAAACUUUGAUAUCUCCACAAGCACGUCUCUUCAAGGAGUGGUAUGUCCACUUUGCAAAGAUGCACCAAACGUCGUCUAUAUUGCCGUAGGAGCAGCGGUGGGUGGCAUUCUUGUUGGUUGCGUCAUCACCAUCAUCGUCGGCAUCAUAUGGAUGAGAAGGAGGAACACCAGUAAAGAAGACGAUGCGAGCGCAUCGAAUAUCUACACUUCCCCGUCUCAUUACGAGGACAUGGGCCACCAGUAUGGUAAAGUGGAGAUGCAGUACGUCAACACCGUGGAAGGUAUUGGGAGUGGUUCCCCAGAUUCCGUGAACAAAGAGGACCAAGCAGGUAACGCAGCCUACUACAACACAGCUGGCCAACAUCAGCAUCGUGAUGAAGAUGCAGAUACAGGAGAUACAACUUACUACAACACUGCACGUGAUGCUGACAACUAGAAGCAUACUGUUACACCACCGACAGCUGGCAUUCCAGCUCUUAUUUAUGUCCGCGUAGAGGACAUCCUGUUCUAUAACAAAGCGGGUUGAUGAAUAAGCUUUCCUAGGAAAAGUAACUCGAUUAUUUAGAAUUGAUAAGAUUGUGAUACCAACAGAAUAGCAUACAUCUGUUUGAAGCAACAGUCCAUCUACCUUUUACCACAAGCGCUUCCUUGAAGCAGUGUAUGUGUGUUUUGGGGUUUUGAUUCUGCAAUUGGCAGUGUUUUUCUUUUUUCUUUUUGUAUUUUAGCUAUUUUAUAUUCAAUAUAGUAAAGAAUAUUUUGAAAGUCGGUACAGAAAAAAGGAUAUAGAAUGUUUCUGAGACGUUUUUCGGGUAGUUCAAAGUGAUGUGAAGAUAGGAGGAGACUGUAUUUCAGUAUAGGUAAUUAAAGUAUACAAUAUCUUCCAAACAAGAGGAAAAUGUAUUGCAUUUUACAAUUUGAUUGAAUGAGCUUAUGACGCAAAGUUAUUGUAUGUCCCAUUGGCUGAUAUGGUGAUCUCGGGGUGGUUAGGAUGUAAAAUAAAUAAAUAGUGUUCUCCA